AUGAUUUUACGACCCUUCUUCAUCCUCGCAACCGCCAGCCUCUUCUCCUUUACCUUCGCAGAUGUCUCAGUCACUUCACCUGCGCCCGGCGACACCAUUACUGGUCUAAGUCUGGAGAUAGCAUGGAAGGACUCUGGCAAGACCCCCAAACUCGCAGAUCUUGCUUCAUAUCAGGUCUUUUUAUGUGCAGGAGGAAACACCGAUGCCAAUUUUAUACAACUAGCAACUCUAGUGACCACGGGUGAUUUUGCAGAUGGAAAUAAAGUCACUGUUCCUCUUACCGCUGGAUGGGGAGGAACAACUGCGAACGCCUACUUUUUAAAAUUUAUUUCGGCCGCGACAGGAGGCACGGUGAUCAACUAUUCCGAUCGAUUUACCUUGUCCAGCAUGACUGGUACCUUUCCCGCCUCCGUCAUCACAGGUCUGAGGACAGUCACUGGUACUGCAGGCCCGGCCGAUGUCAAUAACAUAGUCGCCGGUCAACCUGCUGCCAACCCUGUCGCCCCAGCUCCAGCUGCCGAUGACCCUAUCUACAAUACUCCUUAUACCAUGCAGAGUGGUACGAUACGAUAUGCUCCUAUGCCACCCAUGGCUCAAACCAAGAUCACUGCAAAGAACGCUUCACCACAAUAUCCCACCAGUGCAUAUACAGUCUACAAAAAGAUUGCUGGCACUCCGAAUGCCAUCACCACCAACACGGCCCCAUUGACCUUUUCGACAGUCAGUAUAGAACCUACGGUAAUCUUUUCAUUUCCAUGUAUGACUGGCAAUCACUAA